CACUUGAACAACCAAGUAGUUUCUAAGCGCAUUCCCCGUUAGCUAAUGUGGAGGGAAAGAGGGUUCUUUUUUUUUUACCUACCCGAAAAUAUAGAUUUGGCACCGGAUAUCACUUGACAGUUAAUAUAAGAACAUAAGAAGGUCGGUUAUUAAAGGUAAACUUCCUCGAAGUAAAUAUAGUUUUGAUCGAAACUCUUGACUGAACGAGUGUCCUCUGAAGAAAGCAAUAGCUGUGGUUCGAUGUCCAUGCUUAUAAUAAGACUCAUCUUUUGCCUGUCGAAUUGAAACUCACAUAUUAUAUUAGGAAGUGAAAUGGGACGUCAUCCUUGAAUUUAAAUUGUUUCGUGCCCAGUUUGUUUGCCUGUGAGCGUCUCGGGAAGAAUAUCGAAGUUGCAUUCUUCAGCACCCAUACGGAGGGAGAGUGGGUUGCAACUAGCCCACUGGGUAGAGUGAAGAAGACACUUCUGGGAAGUUGCUUUAUCCGGCUAUUGACGCCGAAAUUAAAACAGUUGCAUUUGGUGGAUUAUUGGGGAGUUCAUCAUCAUGGAAAAGUUGGAGAUUAUUCAGUGUAUCGAAAUGGAGAUGUGAAAACGUGGCACUUUGUUUUCACACUGUCAGUUUUGGGUUUAUUCUAGUGCGUAAACUGGACGGUCCCCCCCUUUGCAGAUAGUCGAUUUAUUUCGGUUUGUUGGAGCGAUCGUGCAUUCUUGUCAACUUUAUCAGGGAGAAACUUUUUCAUCAGCAAAAUGCCACAACUUAACGGAGGUGGUGGUGAUGAUUUGGGGGCGAAUGAUGAAAUGAUAUCAUUCAAAGAUGAAGGCGAGCAAGAGGAAAAAAUAUCCGAAAAUGUAUCAGCGGAGAGGGAUUUGGAUGAUCUGAAGUCUUCGUUAGUGAACGAAUCGGAAAACAACAGUAGCUCGUCAGACUCCGAGCAAGCAGAGCGGCGCCCUCAACCAAGACCAGACUUGGACAGUUACGAGAAAACCAGGGAUUACUUUAGUGAAGCCCUCAGAAGACAGCAAGAUGGUGGCUUUUUCAAGAGUCCCCAUUAUCCUGGGUACCCGUUUCUUAUGAUCCCAGAUCUUACCAACCCCUACCUAUCCAAUGGGGCCCUCUCCCCUAGCGCAAGAACGUACCUGCAGAUGAAAUGGCAAGUUCCUGGAGCUAACACCCCAGGACACCUUGAGUACACCAUACCAUCCAUCCAGCCACCCCGCUCCCCCACCCCAGGACACCUAUCCAACAAGGUCCCAGUGGUGCAGCAUGCUCACCACGUCCAUCCGCUGACCCCCCUCAUCACCUACAGCAACGAACACUUCUCCCCCGGAACCCCUCCCUCACACCUCUCCCCGGAGAUCCUUGACCCAAAGACAGGCAUUCCUCGGACUCCCCACCCAUCAGAGCUCUCUCCAUACUACCCCCUGUCUCCAGGUGCAGUGGGACAGAUCCCUCAUCCUCUGGGCUGGCUGGUGCCACAGCAGGGCCAGCACAUGUAUUCUAUCCCCCCAGGGGGGUUCCGGCACCCCUAUCCCGCCCUCGCAAUGAAUGCGUCCAUGUCCAGCUUGGUGUCCAGCCGUUUCUCCCCCCACAUGAUGCCCCACCACCCUCACGGCAUGCACCAGACUGGUAUCCCUCAUCCUGCUAUCGUAUCACCAGCCAUCAAGCAGGAGCCCAACAGUCAUGACCACAUGAGCCCCUCUAUGCAUUCGAAGUCUCCGGGCCCAGUGAAGAAGGAGGAGGACAAGAAGCCCCAUAUCAAGAAGCCUCUGAAUGCCUUCAUGCUGUACAUGAAGGAGAUGAGGGCCAAGGUGGUAGCUGAGUGCACUCUGAAGGAGAGCGCUGCCAUCAACCAGAUACUGGGUCGAAGGUGGCACUCACUUUCGAGAGAAGAGCAAGCGAAAUACUAUGAGCUGGCAAGGAAAGAGAGGCAACUCCACUCCCAACUCUACCCAGGCUGGUCAGCACGAGAUAACUAUGGAAAGCGGAAAAAGAGGAAGAGAGAUAAUAAGCCAGACUCAACACCAGAGGACUUCUCAAUCAGGAACAAGAAUCAGUGUGUGCAGUACCUACCCUCAGAGAAGAUGUGUGACAGCCCUGCCUCGUCUCACGGCAGCAUGCUGGAUUCUCCAGCCACACCCUCUGCAGCUCUGGCCUCCCCGGCUGCGCCCGCCGCCACCCACUCAGAGCAGGCCCAGCCACUGUCCCUCACCACCAAACCAGAAGGACGCCUGCACCAUCAUUUCCUAACUGGCAAGCCCUCUGGAUCUGCUUCUUCUUCGUCAUCUUCAUCUUCUUCCUCUUCCUCCUCGUCCCACCCAAGCAUCUCUAUCCCUAUUGGUACUUCAGGCAGCCACUCCAGCCACCCCGCACCAAUUUUCUCUCGGCCAAUCCCAUUCAGCUCCCUACACCACUCGAUGCUCUCCCCGCCCUCUCCUUUCCAUCAAGCAGCCCUGCAUUCCCAUCAUGCCCUGUUCCAGUCACAGCCCCUCUCCUUGGUAACCAAAUCGUCUGACUAAAUCUACAAAAGCAAUUCCUUUCUCUUUUAUUGUGCUGUAUAUUGCUUUUACAUUUCAAAAAAUAGAUAUUAGAACAACUUUUUUUAAAUGAUGAAAAGGAAGAAAUAUUAUUGGUCAAUAUUUGAUCCCAUCCUUUUCUACUCUCAAUGAAACAAAGUGUAUUUUUUUUUGUAAAGUUUACUACAGAACUGGUUUCUCUUUUUGAUGCAUUUAUCCAAUGAACCAGUUGUAUAAAAUAACCCAUGUAUAAAAUGUUUAAGAAAAAACAAGGAAAAGAAAAAACACCCUCUUCUUUUAACCAAAACCUGAUUUAAUGUUAGUAUUGAGUUUAAUUCAUAGUUUUUGCCAAUUAUUUCAGUAAUUUCAACGAUCCCUUUUAAAUUCCCAAGUGUGUGACCUUCCUUUUGACAUGUUAAAUAAACCUUUGAGAUUGUUUCAUAGAAA